AAGAAACAAUAUUUUUCACACAUUUCCAUUGAUAAAUCUAAUGUUUUUGUUGUUCUCUGAGCAUCCAAUUCACACAAACGCCCCAACACCGCCCGUAGCUUCCACCUCGCUCAUUCGCGCGAUAAUCCAAAACAAUGCAAAUAUCCGAGAACAAGCACCCGGACAAGUGCCUUGCUUAAGGAAACACGAAAAGAAAAUUACUGAAAAUGAGAACAAUUUUCAUUCUCACUGCAGUGAAAAGAUCACGAUCAUCGACUUGCCAAAGAAUUCUUAGCUUCUUUUGGCCACAAUAUAUAGCAGUCGAGGGGAAACUAUUGAACGGUUAAGUGCUCCAAACGGAAGAAAUACAAACGGUCGCCGGUGAAGGGAAAGUGCGGUGUCUGUUUACAUGUGUUUGUCUGAGUGUGUGUGCCAACACGCUUUUUGGAAUCCAAUAAUUUCAGUUAAAAUAAACAAAUGUUGAAAUUUUCAAUAUUUAUUUAAAUAUAAUAGGAAAUGAUGAGUGUCGAUUCUUAUUUGUGUUUUCCGAUGAUUUAAUUGUGCAGAAAAAUUCGAGCAAGAAUUGUGUGUUACUUUUUUUUUUUAAUAUGAAUUUUGAAAUUUUUAUGAAUUAUUUCAAUCAGUAGUUAGUGUUCACAAAUUCAAACGAUAUCAAAAUCAAGCAUCUAAUGGAGAACGUGCGAUUUUCAAUUAUUGAAAACGAUCUGAAGCGCAAUUCUGAAAGUGGCAUUGACAAUGAGGUAUUCUACGAAAGGAGCAUUUCCAGUGAAAGCAACAGCGACACGAUUUUUAGCGACGAAGCCCACGAGAUAUUAAUAUGGCAACAACAACACCAAGUACUGUGGGACAGUACGGAAAUCGAACAAACCUUAGGUCAAUUGAAUAACGCAACUGCUGUUGCUCAAAUGGUAAAGACUGGAACAUUUACAGAUCUGAUUCCAGCAUCCAAUGAUGCCCAGUUGGCACUGCUGUACUGCUCAAUCUAUGGGUGCGUGGAGAAUAUUAUAUAUCUGCUGGAUCACUGUGGUAGCGAUCCCAAUUGCUGCGAUCCGCGCGGUAGGAGUCCUCUGCAUUUUGCCACAGCUCGAGGGAACUCGCACAUUGCAAAAGUGUUAUUGGACCGCGGUGCCGAUCCAAAUCGCUGGGAUGCCAAAAAAGAGGUCACACCACUGCAUUGUGCCACAAGUGCCCAGAGCGUCGAAUGCAUCCUGCUGUUGCUGAAGCGAAAGGCCCACAUAAACAUAGGUCUCGAAAAACGUUCGGCCUUACAUUUUGCAAUCGAUCGGAAUGCCAUCGAAUGUGUGGAAACUCUUUUGAAGUAUGGUGCUGAUCCAAAUACCCCGCAAGUUUACACGGAAACUCCCCUGCAUACCGCCUGUGCCCUGGGCUUUACGAAAUGUGUGGAAUUGUUGUUAAAUCAUGGCGCCGAUGUGCGUUCUCAGUUCGGAGAGGGUAAACUAACAGCUCUGCAUUUGGCCGCCGAAAACGAUUACGCAGAUUGUGUUCGUUUACUUUUGGAGCACAAUGCUGAGGUAGAUUGCCGCAAUGCUAGCCAUCAGACUCCUCUUCAUUUAGCGUGCCUUUCACAGUCCAUCGAGACAGUAGAACUGUUGAUCAAACACGGUGCAAAUGUGAAUGCAGUGUAUCGGGACGGGAGAACGGCAUUGCAUGCCGCCAUUGUCAAGCAAUCGCGUUGUCUUGACUGUUGCACCGCGUUGCUAAAAGCAGGAGCCAAUGUCAAUAAAGCCGACAACUACGGUUACACACCCUUGCAUAUUGCCGCUCUGAAUGAAUUUAGCAAUUGCGUUUAUGCCUUUAUAGAACACGGUGCCGAUAUUACGGCACGCACAGACGGCAACGUCUCUGCAUUGUCAUUCAUUGUACGACGAACACCCGAAAUCAUACCCAAGCUGAUGUCGAAAUUCGACGAGUCCAUUAAAGUUAAUGACCACGAGAUCGGAGAUGUCGACUGUGAGAUAAAGUUAGAUUUUCGAUGGCUAGUACCGCCGGGAACAUUGGAGCGCGGCGAGACCGAGCUAUUGCUUUCCCUCAUUGAGUGUGGCCAGAAGCGUUUGUUAAUGCAUCCUCUGUGUGAAACAUUUCUGUUCCUGAAAUGGCGUCGAAUACGCAAAUUCUUCCUGAUGUCUCUUCUAUAUCAUGCCAUUUACGUGAUACUCUUCACGAUGUAUAUUGUGGGCGUUUAUGUACAUCAUUGUGAAAAGGAUGUGGAAUGUCGAGCUCCGGGCUACAUACCAACCGUGGGAUAUUUUGUGAUCAUUCUUAACCUACUUCUGCUGGGGAAAGAACUCUUUCAGAUGGCUCAUGGCUUGCAAGGCUAUGCAAAGUAUUGGGAGAAUUGGUUGCAAUGGUCCAUUAUUUUUGGAGUUUUACUGUGCGUGACUCCGGAAAUAUUGAUCGUGGGCGAAUUGCAAAAAGUUCCAGUGUGGCAGCAUCAUGUGGCAGCAGUUGUGGUACUCUUAGUUUGGGUAGAACUUAUGAUGCUAGUGGGCCGUUUUCCAAUUUUUGGGGUUUACGUUCAAAUGUUUACAAAGGUGGCUGUCAAUUUUGGCAAGUUUCUGCUGGCCUAUAUUUGCCUGUUAAUUGCUUUUGGUCUAAGCUUUUCCGUACUUUUCAAUGACUACAAGGCCUUCACAAACAUAACAUGGUCCCUCUUGAAAUCCAUAACCAUGAUGUCAGGUGAAUUGGAAUUCGAAGAUAUUUUUUAUGGUGAUGUGGAAGUGCAGUAUCCUGUGACGGCUCAUUUCAUAUUUCUUAGUUUCGUGCUACUGGUUACUGUUAUACUCACAAAUCUAAUGGUGGGUUUGGCUGUCAGCGAUAUCCAAGGACUUCAAGUAUCCGCCUCCCUGGACCGCUUGGUGAGACAAGCUGAAUUGGUAUCACGUUUGGAGAGUUUAUUCUUUUCCCGGCUAUUGAGAGGGGCUCCGACACGCCUGUUAAAACUGUGUAAAAGAAGUGCCCUCCUUAGAACUUCGCGAAAUAAGCUUCUUUUUGUUAUUAGGCCGAAUGACCCGCGUGAUAAUCAGCUACCUGAAGAUAUUAAAUUGAAUAUCUAUAAAUUAGUAGCUGAACGGCGUGAUCGCAACAUGAGCAUACGCAGACGGAAGUUUGAGACGAAUUAUUCAAUGUUUCAAAGAUCACUGCAACGCCAAACCUCAACUCAGCGCAAGGAAAAAACUCCCAUGCGCAAUAAUGCCACCGAUUAUAGCAAGACAACCACACGACCCGAGCAUGAACAGUUGCUUAGACCCCGGUCGGCUACAAAUGUUCCCAAUACGUUGAUGGGUGAAACAGAUUUGGCAACUAAACUGAAAAAUAACGUUAACGGAAUAUCGGAUGUUCGUUCAGAAAUACAGAUGCUGAAGACACAAGUCGGAGAACUAUCUGAAAAAUUGGAUAAAUUUACCGAUACUUGUGGCAAGAAAUUGAAUUUCGCCGUGGAAGAGUUAUGCCGCAUCAAGAUGGUCAUGGAUCAAAAGUCUGCCAUGCGAUCGGAGCGAACUUUUAAAGUCUAAAGUAUAAUUUAAUUGUGCUUAUUUGGAAAGUAUUGAUAAAAAUAAAAAGUAUUAUUUUAUUAAUUUAAUAAAUAAUGU